GGACCGGGGGGCUAUUGGCCCCUCAGGGGUUCUCGUGUGUAUUAUAUUGUACAUGCAUGGCACAUAUUGCUGUUUCUAACGUGCAGUUCAUUGUAUGUACAUACACACACACAUAUUGUACCUGCGAUGCAGUACGACACGACCCAUCUCGAGAGCUGGAUCCACAGAGAGCCCGCUUCCCCAAGGCCUAACUCAUGGUGUCAAUUGGCUACCAAGUUUGGCGGCCCUGUUCCACAUGCUAGGUUACAUGUACUAUGCCUACCCUUCCUUCUCAAGCGCAACUCACCUAAAUAUGAUCUCCUUCCCUGUUGUUCUUGUAUAUUUGUAUGUUUCUGGUCUCUUUUUUUCUCCUCUUCGUUUUUCUGUAUCGAUUUAUAGUUACACACAUACGGAUACCUCUCUUUCUUCGGGUUUGGGUGACGCCUUCGGUUAGGAUUUGUCGGGAGUGAACCUCAACAACCUGGGUCUAUUUGAUCGAUUUAAGUAGCGAAAGCAGCGAGGAACAACCUUACCUUGCGCUAGGAAGCUGUGUUAUUGCUCGGGUUCCUAUCGA